CGUGCGGCGGGCGGCGGCGGGCGUGCUCUGCCCGGCUGCGUCCGUGCCGCCGCCUCCGCAUCCCUGCAUCCUUCCCUGCCUGCCUCCGUCCCUGCUUCCAUCCAUCCCUGCCUCCAGCCAUCCCGCCCUCCCUCCGUGCCUCCCCGCCGCUGCUCCUGCCCGCCCGCCAGGCGUGGGAGCUCCAUGGGAGAGACGGGCGCCGGGCGAGGCGCGGGACGCGCUCCGGGCGCGCUGCUGCCGCGCCCCGCCGCCCGCCGCCUCCCCGACGGCCGCCCGCGCCCCGCCGCCCCCGGCCCCGCCGCCGGUGCCAUGAAGCGGGCGCACCCCGAGUACAGCUCGUCGGACAGCGAGGAGCUGGACGAGGCCGUCGAGGUGGAGAAGGAGAGCGCGGACGAGAAUGGGAACCUCAGCUCGGCCGCGGGCUCCAUGUCUCCGUCCACCACGUCGCAGAUCUUGGCCAGGAAGAGGCGCCGAGGGAUCAUCGAGAAGCGCCGCCGCGACCGCAUCAACAACAGCCUGUCCGAGCUCAGGAGGCUGGUGCCCAGCGCCUUUGAGAAGCAGGGAUCGGCCAAGCUGGAAAAAGCAGAGAUUCUGCAGAUGACAGUCGAUCACCUGAAAAUGCUGCAUACGGCGGGAGGGAAAGGUUAUUUUGAUGCCCAUGCUUUGGCUAUGGACUAUCGCAGCCUAGGGUUUCGAGAGUGCCUGGCUGAAGUUGCUCGGUACCUGAGUAUCAUCGAGGGUCUGGAUGCCUCUGACCCUCUGCGGGUUCGGCUCGUGUCUCAUCUCAACAAUUACGCCUCCCAGCGGGAAGCAGCGAGCAGUGCACACACGGGCAUUGGACACAUUCCUUGGGGCAGUGCCUUCGGACAUCACCCUCACAUACCUCACCCCUUGCUGCUGGCUCAAAGUGGGCAUGGUAAUACCAGUAGUACAGCCUCUUCCACAGAACCACAUCACCAGAGCAGAAUUGCUGCCCCACACGCCGAGACUUCCUCCCUCAGAGUGCCCCCAAACGGCAGCGUCGGACCGGUGCUCCCUGUGGUCACAUCUACCACCAAACUGUCUCCUCCUCUCCUCUCCUCCAUGGCAUCUUUGUCUGCGUUCCCCUUCUCGUUUGGCUCCUUUCAUCUGCUGUCCCCCAACGUGCUGAGCCCAUCGACACCAACGCAGCCAGCAGCGCUCAGCAAACCCUACAGACCCUGGGGGACUGAGAUUGGCGCCUUCUAAGAGCUGACUCUAGCUAGGGUGGGAAAGCCUAUAAACCUGGCUGAGCUGGGUUGUGCCACCCUUGAAGUUCUUAGUAACUGGGACAAAGGUACAGCUUCACCUUAACUGAGUUUGUCUAAAAACUGUCUCAUUGGAUUUUUCUUUUUGUUUUCUACGUUUUUGUAUUAACAGGUUUGUUUUUUUUUUUUUCUUAAUAGUUGCUGAAGUUGUCCAGAAAUAAAAUUACAAUAGUGGUUUGUUUAACACUUGUUUAGAUCUCUGCUGAGCGUUUAAGUCACUUUUGUAAACAGUUUGUUUCAAAUGUUUCAUUUUUCCUGAGUACAUCAGACUGGCUUUUUACGAAGAGAUACCACCUAUUGUUAGCGAUGGCCUAGUUUUUGUUAUUAAUUUUUCCAAGACCAUUCUUCUCAGCAUUUACAAGCUCUGUUUUUGUUAGUAUUUUGACAAUGAGAUGUUCUAUAAAGAAUUACUCCUUUUGUAAACUAUAUUUGAGUCUUAUAUUUCUGAGCAAAGCGUUGACAAAUCAGAUGGACCUGCCUGACCAGCUUUAUCUAAGAGCCCAAUUCCUCUUUCUUCUGAAGCCGUUUGGCAGUCUUAUUCUAGUUCCUAGUAGAUAUUUACUCACUUCUUAGAACCACUACACUAUUUCUUCCACCAAAAGGAGCAGUAUGAGUGGGGAGAGUGCGAAAGUCAAAUUACAGGCUGUAUUGGUGGUGGGUUAAUUGCUGGGGAAGUUGUGGGAAUUAAAGUUGUCACCUGCAGUGAUCUCCCAGCUGGAGCUGGUCACAUGCAUCUUCAUUUCAUAAGGCCAGAUCCUGCUUUGAGCUACAGUGGGGUACUUGUUCUGCUAGCCUGAGUUCUCGAGUAUCUGAGGUCAGACUUCUCUAUCAGCUUCAAAUUUUCAGCUGAGGUGGUUGAUGGUGGUAUUUAAAUAGCCAGUGGAAUGGUACAGUGGGAACCUGUUCAGUGCACAUCCUAACCAGAUGAUGUUUCUAUUGCAUUUUAGAUGCAGUUGAGUGCCACUCCUCAUUUUGUAAGGGUUCUGCUGUGUUCUUGUGUGCCUGAGAGUGUGUGCAUGUACAUAUAUUUUGCUUGAUUUCAUGAGAAUCUGAAUCUGAACAGGUUUAUUGAGUGAGUUCCACUGGAAGGGGUUUGCCUGCUCUUGUAUCUGUGUCCUGGCUAAAUAAAGGAGAAAGAACAAAGUAUUUUAAAUGA